AUGGAGAAUGUGUUCCUAUCAUUUGCUGGGAAUCAUUCCUUUGUUGAGAAUGGAGGAUUUCCUGGUGAGCUCUUUAGAAGGCUGUUAAUUUUUGUGGACGCAAUUCCGAGUGGUUUUAUGAUACGAUUAUCUGUUGAGUGGAAUUUGUCUUACAUACUGUGUUUUAUAAGACGCGCUUGGAAUUACUUUUUGGAUGAUCUAUCUUCCGUUUUUAUUCCGGACAUUUACUUGCAAAUUUUGACGUGUUAGGUUCCUGAUUAGGUGCUAGCCGCCUUUGGCGAAUAUAUGCCACAUAUCUACAAAGUCUGUGCCUGUAGUUAUGUUCUUAUUUUGCUGAAGUUAUUUUUGACUCUCCCCUCAACCUUGUUCUCGCUAUUUCAGAUACUUAGCGCCAAACCGUUUUCCACUAUGUGGCUAGCCUCUGAGCUUUACCUCACGCAGAAUCCAUGUUCAUUUGUUACUUCACUCUAUUUGCAUUGGAAGUCGUCGAGUAAUUUAAGAGAAAAGUUUUAGUAAUUCCCCUCUCCUACUUUUUGGGAGAUAAGAAUUUUUCUAGUAUGCAUGUUUCGCCCUCCUGAAUCCAUAGUCAAGAUCUGCAAACCUGUGAAGCAGCUUCACGCUGUUUAUCAUUCUGUUUUUUAUGUAUUUAAUAGCUUCCAUGAAAUAGCUAGUUGCAAGUCUCCCACAACAUGUACUGAAGGAUAAAGCUUUGAUCAUUUUCUCAAACUUCGAUUUAAAAUAGGACGUAUUUUUAGGUUACACUGUAAUUUAUUCCUGUCGGAAUAGAACGCUUCCAGUCUGUCCAUCUGUACAGCCAUUAUUUGGGAAGCGCAAUCGCUCCUGAUGAGUAGUCUUUUAACAACUGCCAGUAUCUUUUCGCCUUCCCUUAGAACAUUAGACUAAUAUUUGGGUAGUCGUGACGUAGCAGUUCCGAUCUUUAAUGCAGGCGUAUGGUUAGUUAUCUGUUUGUCUGACGGGGCAUAAUUUAUGCGAGUAGCUCCGUCAUGUUGCCACAUCCGCGUCUGUCUAACGACGUCAGGUAACAACCCACGCACGACACCCAUAACUAUAACUUCGUCCCCCUCUAGGGUUGUUCAACAUCUAAAGUCGAUAUAGAAGUUCCAAGUAAUCAGCAACUUACUCUGUUUGGCAAAUCCCUCCGUCAGACCGUCGGACGCCCUCACAGCUUCCGAAUGUGUUCGGCCGCGCUGGAUGCACAGCGUUAAAUCGAUGUUGUGCGCACGUCGUGGAGGUCUUUGGAGCCAUUCUGGAGAACGCACUGAUGAGUACUGACAAGAAUUAGCCCAAUCACAUAACCGUCCAUGGACAAUCAAAAAUAGGAGCUAGCAGAGAAAACAAAGCUGCAUGCUCGUGAGCACUGACUGAGACACCACGUUAUUUGGUUCAGUUUGACGCGAGUAAUUCACGUGCGUUAUGGACAGAUCUUAAAACUCGUAUCUGUACCGGUUCAUAUUCAUUUUAUUGUGCCCUUCAAGACUGAUGAUUUAUUAGAAUCUCUGGUAGUCUGCUUCUCUACUUAUAUAUGCACAGCCCUGUUUUAUAGUAAGUUCGGGCGGUCGUUGUGAUCACUUAUUUUAAAUGCUGCUGGUCACUAACUGGGAAUAUUUAAUGGGGAAAAAACGGAACCUAUGCGCUGUCAAACUCGUCGAAAUUUUUUUUCGGUCCAUGUUUAACUAUCCAACUGCGAAAACGAUGUGACGCUGCCCAUCCGAUAGCACGAUAUGGAGUCGUGUCUUGUAACAUCUGCACAGAUAUAUGAUGCAGGCGAGUUCUGCCCUCCUGUUGUGGUAUUUUCAUAUUCAUUUCUAGGUAUCGCGCUGUUCACCAUCAGUGUGCUCGAGCCGCCAUAAAAUGUUUGGCGCCCUUAGAGGUUCCAUUUAAUGCUUGGAAUUAAUUUUUGGUGCGAGUGAAUGUAAAAAUGAAGGCAGAUGCGAUUAUUGUUUGUACGUUCGCAACAGUAAUAAUGUCCGUACGCUUUCGAGAUUCCCGAGCUGUGCAUAUGCCCCUCAAAGGAACUUACCCGGGCGACUAAUGCGUUUACAUUCGCAGGGUAGUUGUAGAUGUCCUCAACUCUUGAAUCCAAAGAAAUGUAUUGUCAGAGUGGUUGAAAUCUUAAAAUAGUGACAUAGCUUAACCGCUGUCUUUCAAAACUCUGGAUCUACAUGUGACUGUGAUGUCUCGAUUACCUGUUUAUUUUGGUGCCAUGUAGUUCUCUUAACCUCUCUGUCAAUUUCCUAUAUGUCACCCUUUUAAAUGUUAAUCAUCAGAGGCCCUAUGUCGAAAUAAUUUGAACUACCUCACUGUGUUAUGGAAACCUAAGCCAAGGGCUGUCAAUACUACAUGCUAAAUCACGCAGGACACCUUUAGUUUCUGUGCCCUAGUAGCUGAUUCUUUUUUGGUUUAGUCAAAAUGCCUGCUAUUUAUUGUUUUCUGUGCCUUCCCGAACUUUGUGCCACCGAAGAAACGACAGUAUUCUCCCAUUUCCAAAAAUAAGCAUAAAUCUGUACGGGUUUUUGCUAAACAUACUUAGCUCAAGGAAUGUCUGCUCUAGUUAUCCUGUACUUUUAGUCUGCAUAAACCGCAUCGACACUCUGAACGUCCUUCGAGUGCCGUGUCUUUGCCCUUUAACUAAUCGAUUUUAUCCUAACGGCGUUCUUCCAAGCCAUAGCAGAUAUCAAAUCACCAGCCAUGAUUUUCAUGUCUCCCCCAAGAAAAAGGGAUAACUACCGACUAGCGUUAAAAAGGCUCGCGUUUUAAACGUUGGAUAUUUGUUGGUUGGAUGGAACGCAUAUUUGUUUUAGAGACGAAAGGUGUCAAAAUAAUUCAGUCGGACGGGAAAGAAAUAGGGAAAAUAUUCUGCAUUCUAACCUUUCUUCCUCGCAAUCCAUGCGCAUGUUUGGCUUGGACAGGAGUAACUCGUGCCAACUGUCCUUUCUUGAUUCAGUUAUGGUUCACAACCAUCCCUUCGCUUCAUGGGGCAACUUUGCGGCACAUACCACAAACACAGCAGUAGCGCCGGCCACUACUGCCACGACGACCUGCCCUUCCUCGUCCUCAUCCUCUUCGUCUGCCCCCUCCGCUGUAUUUCCGUCGCAGGUGCAGUCAGUCAAUGCUGCGUCUGCUGCAGCGACGACAAUGCGUUCCCCCCUCUCUGCUGUUGGCAUCCAACAAGUUGCUGCGCCUGCCGACUCCAUCGCGGCCUCUCAACAGCAACAACAGCUCCACUACCAGCACCAACUACAGCUUCACCACCAGCAGUUGCAAUUGCAGCACCAGCAGCAUCUGGCUCGGCAGCAACAGCAAUUGCAUGCCCAACUACAGAGUCAGUCCCAACAGCAAACACUGCAACCAGGGGUGGCGGGUGAAACUGCAUCCGUAUCUAAACAGGAGUCCUCCCUUCCCAAUGCCUCUGUCGAGGCGAAACCGUCUUUUACUCAGCCGAUGACUGCCACUACCACUCCGUCCUCAACUAUACCUUCUGGCAUCCCUUCCUCUGCACCUUCCGCCACCUCAAUGCCUCUGCAAAAUGGUAUUUCUACGGUUACUUCGGCGUCGACGGCUGUGAAUAAGGUAGAUAACUCGUCAAUGGGAAUGCUCAGCCUUCUGCCUCAGAUCCCCGAGGGCCUUCUACUGAAGCUCGACCCCUCUCUGGUCGACUCCAGUCAACAAACCGGUAUAACAGACAUCUCCGAGGUCAAACCUUACCAAUGCGACCAAUGUCUGAAACGCUAUUCUGGAAUAAAGUCGCUGAAGAACCACAAACUAACUCACUCCGAUAUUAAACCCCACAAAUGCUCUUUCUGCAGCAAGGCCUUUCUGCGUGCAGACAAAAUGCGCAUGCACGAGAUUUCCCACCUAAAUGUGAAACCCUUUGAAUGUGCCACGUGCAAGCAGCGGUUUACGCGGUCCGACAAACUGAAAAUCCAUCACCGAACUCACACAGGUGUUCGGCCCUAUGCUUGCACUUUUUGUCCGAAGCGUUUCACCCGAUCAGACAAGUUGAAAAUCCACGAACGCAUCCAUACUAAAAUCAAGCCGUAUGAAUGUGGUCACUGUGGGAAGUGUUUUGCUCGUUCUGACAAGCGUCGCCUCCAUGAACGCACUCAUAUAUACGGUCCCCGUCCGAGGACAAACGGUUGUCGUAAGUCUAAGUCGGCAGCUGCCGCGGCUAAUGCGGCCGCAUCCUCCGCUGCCCUUGGUGCCACCUCUGCGCUAGUGGAUAGUCUGCCUGUCUCGGGACUUGGCUUCCUCACUGCUGUCUCCUCCGCAGCCUCUUGUCUCGAUUUGAAGGAUGUUUACAAAAAUUCUGCCUCCACUCUGCUGGCGGGAAUGAGCCAAAACUUCCAGCUCCGGCCGACGACAAUCGUGGCCCUCAGCGCGGCUGCCGCUGUGAAUGGCGAGACUGCAAGUGGAAAUUUGGGCACCACUGUAACCUCAAGCGUGGUUGGCAGUGGGACUUCCACCACCGUCGAAUCCAAACCCUCCUUCCCUGCCGGUACUGCGGCUGCUGCAUCUCUCGUCUCCUACGCCCACGGCCAGGCCGCUGCUGCAACAAAUCUGCCCUUUGCCAUGCCGCACAACUUGCCUACCAUUGCUAUGCAACAACAGCAAGCAGCUGCAGCGGCGGCGGCAGCAGGCCAGCCAACUGCCGCUACCGGUGGACUCUUAGCCCCCGCGCAAUACCAACACUGUAUGCCCACCAUGUUCAUGACCACCCCCAAUUCCGCCGGUGCAGCCUCCCUCUUCUCCGCCGCCGUCAAUGCUGCUGCGGCGGCCGCAGUAGUUACAAAUGCCAGUCGUGUGCCUCAGGUCGCGGCUGCUGCAACCACGUCGUCCGCCGCCGUCUCCGCGCCUGCCCCGCAGAUGUUGACGCCCUCCCAGGCGUCCUCUGCGACCUCAUCUACAUCUACGGUCUCCACUGCGCCGAACACCUUCUCCAGUACUUCCAACAACAUUGCCGCAGUGAUGGCAGCUGCUGCGUUGGGUCGACAAUUUCACCAGCAUCAGUACCCCCUUGCGAUGCAUCCUCAACACCAGGCCUUUGUCCAGACGUCCUACCAACCGCAGCAACAGCAAACACAGCACCAGCUGGCUGCCGCCGCGGCGGUGCAGCAGCAACAGCAGCAGCACCAACAACAGCAAACACAGUUGCAGCAGCAGCAACAGCAGUUUCAACAGCUGCGGCAGCAGCAACUUCAACAGCAGCAGCACCCAUUCCAACACCAUUUCCAUACUGCCGCCAGUGGUCAACAACUGCAACAGCAACAGCAGCAACAUCAUAUGCUGCACCAGCAUCAGAUGAUGCAACUUCAGCAGCAGCUUCCCUACCACCAGCAUCAGCAACUCAUGCAGCAACACGCGGCCAUGUUACAGGCUCAACAGGCGCACAUCCGAGCUCAACAAACCCAACAGCAACAGGCAGCCGCGGUCGCGGCAGUCCAGCAGCAGCAGCAACAACAACAACAGAAUCCAGUAUUCAAUCAGAGCGCAGCAGCUGCGGCAGCAGUCGCCAGCAUGGGAUUCUUUCCGAGCCGGGUGAACGCGCAACAAGGCGGCAGUGCUGGUGGGAGCACCGCCACAGCGAAUCCUUCUCAGUUCUCAUUUGCUAGUCUCGCGGGUCAGCAGCCUCAAGCGACGUCCACAGCGAGUCAGCAAGAACAGCAGCAGCAGCAGCAACUUCUUGCGGCCCAGCAACAGUAUAUGCAGCAGCAACAACAGCAACACUAUGCUGCCGCCGCUGCAGCCCAGAUGGCGCGAUCUCAACAAGCGGCUGUAGGCGGGAGUAGUACCGCGGGAAUGGGCUCAUUGACCCACUCUGCUUCCUCACAAGCUACUGCGGCUACGCCACAGUCGCCUACGCGGGGCGCACCGGUCCCAUCAUCGGCACAAUCAUCGUCAUCUUCAUGUACAAUUAAACCUUAG